UAUACGCACCUUGAGCUUUCCACCCCAUAAAGCCUCCCUUGGCACCUCUAUCCCACUAAGGAGCAAAAAGAGAAGAGGGAAAGGAGCCAAGCCCCAAGUGCUAGUAGUGUGGCUGCCUUAGCUUGCUUGGCGAGGGCAUUCAGCUAGCUAGCCUGGUCCUUAAAAAGAAGCAACUCGAUCCCUAACGCUUAUGGCACUACUGGUCAAGAGCCACCACCAAAUGUUGGCCUCCUCGUCCACCUCCUCGUCCUCCCCGUCAGCGUCACGGCAGCCGCCGCCGCCGGCGGCGGCGGCGCCUCCUCAACCUCCCUCCUCCUCCUGCCUCACCGACCAGCAGCCGUCCCCGGCCAAGCGCAAGAGGCGCCCGCCCGGCACACCGGACCCCGAUGCGGAGGUGGUGGCGCUGUCGCCGCGGACGCUGCUGGAGUCGGACCGGUACGUGUGCGAGAUCUGCGGGCAGGGCUUCCAGCGGGAGCAGAACCUGCAGAUGCACCGGCGGCGGCACAAGGUGCCGUGGCGGCUCGUGAAGCGGGCGCCGCCCGGAGGCGGCGAGGACGGCGGCGCAAACGGCAGCGCUACUACCGGCGGCGGCGCGCCGCGGAAGCGCGUGUUCGUGUGCCCCGAGCCGAGCUGCCUCCAUCACGACCCCGCCCACGCGCUGGGCGACCUGGUGGGCAUCAAGAAGCACUUCCGGCGCAAGCACGGCGGGCGGCGGCAGUGGGUGUGCGCCCGCUGCGCCAAGGGCUACGCCGUGCAGUCCGACUACAAGGCCCACCUCAAGACCUGCGGCACCCGCGGCCACUCCUGCGACUGCGGCCGCGUCUUCUCGCGGGUGGAGAGCUUCAUCGAGCACCAGGACGCGUGCAACUCCAGCCGGAUGCGCGGCGAGGUGGCGGUGACGUCCACGCUCCCGGUCAUCCGCCCCGCCGUCCCGCGGCCGCAUCCGCCGGCGGUGGCGGCGCGGCCGGAGCUCCAGCUCCUCCCGGCGUCGUCCACGGCGGCGCCGGUUACCACAGCGACCGCUCUGUCCACCAUCACCGCCGCCACAACUACCGCGUCCCAAGCUGAACCCCACGCGGCGGCGGCGACGAAGCUGCAGCUCUCCAUCGGCCCAACCGUCACCACCGCGGCCUCCGACGGCGCCGCCGCCGCUGCCGUCGGCGGCGGCGAGGAGGACGCCGAGGAGCUGAGUCGCGCGGUGGAGGAGAAGGCCGAGGCGGACGCGGCGCGGGAGCGGGCGCGCGCGGAGGCCGCGGCGGCGGAGCGCGCGCUGGAGGAGGCCCGCCGCGCGCGGCAGCGGGCGCGGGCCGACCUCGAGAAGGCGUGCGCGCUGCGGGACCACGCCGCGCGCCUGCUCGCGCAGGUCACCUGCCACGCGUGCCGGCAGCGGUCGCUCCUCGCCAUGUCCGUGGCCGCCGCCGUCGGCGAGGGCCACGGCCACGGCGGUCCCGCGGUGGCCUGCGACCCCGUGAGGGGAGGAGGCGUAGGGGCAGGCAUCUAGAGCGCCAUGCAUGGCAUGCACCAGCACGGGUCGAGUUUGUGUACGUAGCUUAAUUGGUAGGCCGUGUCGAUCGUGCCGUCUGGCGAUGAAGGCAGCGAUGAUGAUGCUCAGAUUUGAACUGCAUGCAGCCGAGCAACCCGUUGGUUUUUAUUACUUUUUAGGGUUCUACAACUUGUUACUUUGGCCUGGGUAAAAGUUACGGGAUGCAUGCACGUCAA